AGCGCGCACGAGUCACCCGCGAAGUGUCUGUAACUCCCGAACCGGCGAUGCACCGAACGCGAACAUGACGGAAGAACUCGAGAAGUCUUCCACGGAGAAUGUGACCGUUGUCACGGGGAACUUCCCCACCGUCUCCAGCUUGCAAUCCGAGGACUCUACCGAGCAACUGAUCUGUAAAACGCCACAGAAACUGCCCAAAAAGAAAAGUGGAAAGUCUAUUGAAAAAAAGCCAAGUGUUAGUUCGAAAAGUGUUGAAGCCGGGAGUGUGAGUGGUGGGACCCGGGUGGUGGUGUUGCUGGGGUUGUCGCAGGUGGUGUUGGGGGCUGCGCUGGUGGGCGCGGGCGCCUUGGCCGUGGUCAAGGGUGCUUCGCUGUCGAGGGUUGGUGCUGGACUGUGGGCGGGGUGUAUUGCCGUGGUCGCCGGGGUGGUCGGCGUGCUAGCUGGCAUCAAUGAUUGUUAUGGACUUAAUAAUUCUUCUGGCAGCGGUCUGCUGACAGCAUUCCUGGCGCUGUCGCUGCUCUGCCUGGCGUGCGGCAACAGCGCUGCCGUGCUGGCGGCCACCGGCCUGCACCGCGACUCGCUGCGGCAGCAGGAACCACUCACCAGCUUCGAAGAUGAAAUGGAAGCAUGGACGCCCGUGCUGACCAACAUAGCACUCCUCAUCAUCGCGUCCGUGCACUGCCUGGUCUGCAUCGUCUCCAUCUACCACCUGUCCAAGCGCGUCUGCCCCUGCUUCAGGCCCAAGCAGCCGUUCGACCACAACCAGUUCGACCCGACCUUCAAGCCGGUCCAGCCUUGUGUCUUCCACGUGGAUGAGAUCAAGAAGGCUCAGGAUGCGGAGAAGGUUCGGGGGCACGAGCUUUGCAAGGAGUUAGAGGCAAAACUGGAGAGGGAUACCAUGAAGAAGAAAAAGGAGGAGUCACCAGAGUUCGGCAGCGCGAACAGCAAGGAGAAGCUGGUGACGCGGUGGCUGGGGCGCCACCACGCGCCGCCCAACACGGUGCCGCGGCGGAGCAAGGGCGUGCGCAAGCUUCGCAAGCCGCCCCAGCCGCCCGUCAUGCUGGUGCCCGCACAUCCUGCUAGCACGCUGGGGCGGAUGCCGAUGAGCAUGGUGGUGCCCCCCGCUCCCCGCUACGCCACGCUACCUCUACCGCCCAACGCGUACGCGCCGCCGCCGCUGUACUACCCCGUGCCUGAUGCGCGCGUCCGUCGUCGCCGGUCGCCGCGGGCAGCGCGCACGGAGCGCCAGCGGCGCGGCCGCGGACGUCGCGACGACUCCCAACUGACGCGCUCGCUCGAGCGAAUACAUCGCAAGCGACGCUCGGACAGAGAGAACCCUACUGUGGAUGACUUGAAGAGGACUUACACGGGAUUAGAUAGGGCUUACGCGGAGCAGUUCAUAGCGGUGUGCGACGAGAGCCGGCACGCGGCCGAGCACCACGACUCACUCGCCAGCUCGGCCACCGACACCUCGCACUCACACUCACACUGAUCACUCACACUCACAUCACUCACACUCACACUCACACUCAUCACUCACACUUAUCAUAAUCCAUCACUUCAUCA